AUGGGCGAGAGCAACGGUGAUAGGGGUGCGAUCCGCCUCGAUUCUGUCCUAGAGACCCUUGAGCGUGGAGGAGAGAAGAGGGAGAGGACCGAAGGACUGAAGGCUCAAGAUUUGAAGAUAAUACUUGAUCCUCGGAAGGCAGCCAACCUUGGCGUUCUCGACGACAGAUCAUGGCACAAGAUAUUCGAGGUCCUUUUCAAGGUUGCCCUUUCCGAAAAACAUAUAUUCCUUGCAGCCAAGAAAACAAUCAGAUCUACAGCUGUAUCACGGUUAACAGCGUGUGCUGAUUUGGUCCGCCUCGGCAUCAAGGCUGCUGCACCGAAGCUGAAGGUUAAGACCGUUGCGGCGGUUAUUGAUCAUAUUAUCCAAACGCUACCAAACGCAAAUGGCGAAUACUGUCAGCCUCUCAUUGAGAAUUACCUCAAAGCUCUAAGUGCGGUCCUAGAGCAUCAGGCCAAUGUCGAGCGUUUGAGAGAGGAUACCUGGACCGACGCGGUCGACUUCUGCCUGGUGGGUAUCAAUCGAUACCUCGAUAGCACUCACGGAGAGGUCUCUGGGUUACCACGCAGCUCCUCUGGCCUUAGAUCGAGCCAUGUAUCCCGCCCUUUGGCAAGGUCUGCUUCAACUGAUGUCAACCCUCAUAAUUCUAGAACUCUAUCUAGACCAAAUGUAGAGGAUAUUCUGCAAUCUCUCCACUCACUCGUUGCUGUCCCGAAUGCACCGCUUUCUGAAAGAUUUCAAGCAAUUACAGACGCUGCUGUUCGGCUCUUACAGUCCCAAGGAUCCAGCUCCGUUGCCCAGGAUGUGAUCCCGAUUAUCUGCCGCUUCUGGCAAGGCAAGACCGUGGCAAAGGAUGAGAUGCUGAACUCUGUGAGGGAUGAGAUGCUGGUAUUCCUUUUUAUCAUCCAUCUUCAUCUGGAGCGCAGUAUAAGAGAUGGGGAAGAUGGUGUAUUAGCGAUGCUAGAGGAUCUAUCAGAUGUCUUAAGGUUAGAUUAUGCAAGGCGAAGUGGUCGGGACCAACUUCAGUUGGACGAUCUCGACAUGAUCGAUUGCGGUGCAAGUGCAAGCGACACCGCCCCGUUCAGUCUUAAUGCCUUUCGGCUCAAGUCGCAUCACAUUCGUGGCGAGCGAAAUUGGGCUAAUCUUCAGGCUAUUGGAAUUCUGGAGCGGCUCAUUAGCCUUGGCCGUGAUGGGGAAAAGUCUAGAUUUGAAGUUGCUGGCCAUGAUCACGAUAGGCAUCCCCGUAAGCGCCAACGAAUUGCCCAACCCCAUGAUAGGAUUAUCGAACCUUUGAAAUCAGAAGACGAAAGGUUGCGGUUAGCAGGGUUGCAAAGUUUGCCAUUCAUCUUGGCCGAUUUUGAGCUACAUGCGUUAGGUCUGGAAGAAAUCCUCGGUCAACUACAAAUUUGUGCGUCUGAUAAACGAGGCUGCACAUUCCAGAAAGCUGGAAUCGAAACCGGCUCUCGGCAUUGGUUACCACUUUGGCAAAUCGGCUCCAGGUCUCUAACCUUUUCUACAACAUGCCGUGCUGCUGCCCUCCAACUUCAUGCAAUUCUAGCCAAAGGGCUUUUACAUUACCAAGACGUCGGUGAAGAUGUGAGCGCUAUGGUCAAUGUAGCUGAUAUCAACGGUCCGACCAGGAUUUCCGAGGUACCAAGUGCGAGCCUUGUGACGUCUCAGCAUGCAAUUCGAUGGUUGUGUUCUAGAUGGAAUCCAGUUGACAGGGAGUUUGCUGCGCACUAUGCCUUACAUAUAUACCCGUAUCAAAUUAUAAACUUAUUCCGGACGGGCCUUGGUUUACACAGAUGGACUAUGCCUUCAGGAUCUAAUUUACCACUGGGUCGCCUUGCACAAACUUGGCAACACCACUUAGACUCUCAGGGUGUCGUGAGAUAUUUACUUCUCUUGGAAAACCUAUGUAUAUCUCCCAGGGACCCCUGCUCUUCAUGCCCAAAGGAUGCAAAGUCUGGCACCACCACAUUUAUUCUCGAUACUGCUCAUUUCAAUUCUAUUCGAAGGUUAAUUUUGGAAAUCCUCCAACCAAAGUGCCGCGAGCUUUACCAAAGCUGGGAAACCUACAAUGUGGACCAUCUCACGCCUGUCUCUGCCGAUACUUUCCGCUGUGCUGUGUACAGCUGUAUCACCAUGUUACUUGUGAUGCCUCAUUUCUCGCAGGAGGGUCUGCCACAGCUACAUGACUUCGACGAUUGGCAGCAACACUUCUCAAGGGAACUGAUGGCUUUUCUUAACGCCACUGAUGCUAGGGAUCCUGACGGGGCUCGAAGUCUCGCUGAGACCCUUAUUCAAUGUAUUCAGCCCUAUUUACCCUCAUGCCGGUCCAAGGAGUUAUCGCAAUUUUCAAAGAUCAGCCCCCACCUACUUAGCUUCUUUGUUAAAAUCGCAGAGGAUUUCAAUAAGCGACGGUCAUUCUUCGCACCGCUACCCUCGAACCCUGACAACGAUGCGAUGGAUGUCGAUGAUGACUUCGAUGACUUUUCCACUCAGCAUAGCCAUACUAGAGCUGAUAGGCAGAAGUGGAUGGUGCCGAGACAAGUUCUUGCUCUUGAUGCGUCGCCAGCGUCAUUCAAUUUUGUGGUUUACGCACGCUUACUACUGGUCGCUGCCAUCGAAGUGACACCAGAAUACACCCAGUUUUUGCCGACGAUCUUCGUUGACCAAAUAGUUGCCCUAUCAGACGAGGAACUAUUAUUGGGCCGCUCGUUUCUCCGCGAAGUCGUUCAUUCCGACCUUGCUAUCGACAUCGCAGAUGCAACUCGGCUCAUGAAUCGAGUUAUAGAUAUUCUUGAGGCCCACGAGUUUGAUCGCUGCGAAGUUACAUUAGUGCUGUCCCUUGAUCUUCUCGUCGGUCUAGGCCAAAUAUGGGCAGCGAACGAUGCGCCUAACGACUUGGCAGAGUAUGCUUCGGGGAUAUACCAAUGGUUCAUUGACAAAGCCUUGAAAAAUAUGAUUGUCUCCCCAGAAGUACAAAAGGGCGUUGUGUCCCUGCUGCUACUUCUCAUCCGAAUCGAGCCUGAGUACGGGAUCGAUCUUUCUCUACCAUCGGCCCGGUCCAGUCUUUUCAACCUCCUACAAAAAGGCAAUGCUUCUGUCAAAUUUUGCAUUGGAAACCAGCUCCCCGGUAUAUUCCACCUAUUUUUACUUGAUGACCACGACAGCAUAUUCCUAGAUAUCCUCGAUAAACUACCUUCGGAUCCCGAGUGGAUAGAGGGCAUAUCCUUCCGAUUAUUUUCUCUAGCAAGGUUAGCGUCGGAGUGGCCCACCUUGUUGCGGCGUUGCAUAUACCAUAUUUUCGAGGUCCCUGGAAAACUACCAGAAUGUAUAAAGUAUGCCACAGAAUGCCUCUCGGACGUUUCGAUUGCGCUGAAACUAGAUACCGCCAAAGAGCUCUUCGCAUUGUUUGCCCCUCAGCUUCUAUACACCUGGCUCGAGCUCGGGGACAUUGAGAACAUUCCGUUUCAGAUAUUUGGCUUCUCUAGCCUUAAAGACCUUAUCUUGGAUGUGCAAGAUGAGGCAAUAGGUUUAAUGAUAAUGCGUGACCAAGAUAACGCUGUUGAGGAAGUCGCCCGGAUCCUCGGCAAAAAGGAGGAUGUUCUUCUAAAAAGUUCCUUUGCCAAAGUCAUGGCAUAUACCGUUGCUCAUGAUACUAGCGUACCUGCUCUUAGCGAUGGAAAGAAACAUAUCACCGGGGAAGCUCGUGUUAAAAAGCGGCUUGGGCAGGAACAGUUCUUUCAAUGUCUCAACCUCCAUUUUGCGGAUAUCAUUGCCAUCUUAUUCAACAUAAGCGAUCCACAAGACAACUUAGACAAAUACCUUAUGAAAAAGGAGGAACUUGUCUACGCAGGAAAGAUUAUGACAAAAAUCAAGUCUCUAAGCUCCUCUCGUACGAAUCUACCCCCAAUGCAGCAGCCAACAUUCAGGGCCAGGUAUUUAGCCGCUCAGAUCGCCCACCUAUGUACGCGGACAGAGUUUGAAAGUGCCGAAAUCUAUACCCCAGCUCUGGUAACCUCAAUCGCCAGAAAACUAUCCAUCACCAUCCACCCUUCCCUAGGAUCACUGCAUGCUUGUUCGGUCCUUCGAAAACUCCGGACUCUGAUUUGUCUAGCCGGCAGUUCUGCGACGACUGGUUACCCUCUAGAAAUGCUUCUGCAGAUAUUCCGUCCCUUCAUAAAUGAUCCGCAAUGCGCGGAUGAUGCUAUUGGCAUUACCCAGUAUCUCCUCAUGUCCGGUUCCCAAUACCUUACACAAGCGCCCUCAUUUGUUGCGGGUAUCGCGUUAGCGAUUCUUGGGUCAUUGCGAGCAUUUCUAAAGGCGGGUCGGGCGAGUAGCACCCAAGAAAGCCAACAUACGAGUACAGUCUCCAGAGUUCAGGCAUUCCACAAAUGGUUUGGGGCAUAUCUUGCAAACUAUAAUACACCAGAACUGAGCAACCAUUCACAGGCGUAUUUUCGGGCUCUACUGAAAUCUGGCUAUGUCACUGAGUGGACCGGGAAUGCUGAUUUAGGGACGCCUGAGAGUGAGCUCUUAAUUCAGCUUUUACAAGAUGACCGGACGAAUGAAAACCUCUUGAGCCGACCGUCUCGGGAACUUACGCUAGAUAUGUUGUGUUCAGAAUUUCAACCUCCAGCCUCGUUCCGUACGGAUAUUCUAGGUGAAGACGAGUCUGCAGCCGCAAAUGCAGUGGUGGUCUGGAAGUCUUGCCGAGGGGAUAGAGCCAGUAAGGAAUAUCUUUCUUGGGCAGCAAGAGUCGUGGGUCGAGCUUUUAUAGCAUCUGGACACAUAGACCAAGAUCUCCUGCGCGAAUCUACCUUGGCCCGAAUCAAGCAACUAUCAACAUCAGCCAGAGAAACAGGAGACUCUCGAUCUUGCGUUCUCAAUAUUUUACAAGAGCUCACCCAAGGCUACGAUAAAUAUAAUGUCGGCCUCGCUGAGGCUGCCUUGCGUUUUGUCAUGACAACAUCUGAUGAUUCCUUGGUAGAAACUGGCCAAAAGUGUCUUACGAACGGCCUCUACUGUGCCUCUAUUUGGGCUCCCUAUCAAGUCCCGCCAUCCGAAAGCCUCUACAACCACCUAGACAAUGACUCUCUCAGCGAUCCAUAUGAUAGCGACGCCAUUUUUCAGGUACACUGGCUACGAAACCUCUCAAUCGCUCUAGCCAUAUCUGUGGAAAAUGAUACUCUGCUACGUGCAGUAGUUCCAGUAUUGAAAGAAGUACCAGGAUUUGCAGAACAGGCCUUUCCAUUUAUUCUCCACCUUGUCUUGUCAAUAAACUUUCGCAGUCAGCGGACUGCUAAGAAGGAUCUCUCAACAGCCUCGGAAACUUGGUUUCAAAAUUGUCAAGGAGGUGAUAAAAAUAACCUGAAAGUGUUAAUCAAUGCUAUUCUCUACCUUCGCACCCAACCAAUUCCAGAUGAAAAUUCGUCUGCUGACCGAUUGCAUUGGCUUAGUAUCAAUUAUAUGAAAGCCGCGACAGCAGCUAUUCACUGUGGGAUGUAUAAAACAGCACUCCUUUUCGUCGAAGAGCAUUGUUCAGCACCAGCGAAAUCAUCUCGUCGUUCAUCGUUUAAGGAGGCUAUCGAUCAAUCUGAUGUGUCACAGGACGUCUUACUUGCUAUCUUCCAAAAUAUCGAUGAUCCAGAUUUGUAUUACGGAGUCCGACAAAAGGCCAACCUCGGUACAAUCUUGGCACGGUUUGAAUAUGAAAAGGAUGGCCCUAAAAGCCUUGCCUUUCGGGGAGCUCAGUUCGACAGUCAUAUAAGAAGGCGAGAUCCCCAAUCGGAGCAUGACGCACAAACCCUAGUGAAAACGCUUGAUGUUCUCAGUCUUAGUGGCCUGUCCCAUUCUAUUUUACAAGCCCAGCAAUCCGUUGGUAUGAGCGCCACAUCCUUAGAGUCUAUGUUUCGUACCGCCCGGAAGCUAGAGCAGUGGGAUAUACCCGUACCGAGUGUUUCUAGUAACAACGCCGUCACGAUAUACAAGGCCUUUCAGACGAUCAAUACAGCUGUGGACCAUGCUACAAUAUGCCAAGCAAUUAAUGAGGGAUUUGACUGUACCAUGAAUAGCUUGGUUCGAGAAGAUCUCGGUGCUAAUGAUCUCCAUGGUGCACUUCAAACUUUAGCAGCGCUAGUCGAGAUGGAUGAAGUAUUUGCUACCAGAGGGUCUCAAGAGAUUGAACAAAUGCUUGCUAGGUUUCAAAGUCGUUCUAGCUGGAUGAAGAUUGGCAGAUUUGAUGAUAUCAGUCAAAUAUUAUCCUGUCGUGCGACAAUGUUAAGCACUCUCAGCCAACAACCUCGUUUGCAAUCACUUAUGAAAAUUGACCCAGUGGACACCCGUCUAGUUGAGGUACAGGCUUCGCUUUUGGCGUCAUCACUCAACCGAGCUCAUAACGCGCUACAAGAAUCACUAUCACUGGCAACUUCCAUGAUGGACCUUAUUACACCUUGUCAUGAACUAUCAUUAAAUGUUGAGGCCGCAGUUCAUGUAGAAGCGGCAAAUGCGUUGUGGGAUCAGGGAGAAGUGACAUCAUCCAUUGGGAUUUUGCAUGCCCUCGACAAUGCAUCUUUUCUCAAGAAACAAGCUAUUCCAGUCGGUCAUUCCGAUCUACUUUCAAAGAUCGGCCAUCAAGUUUCCGUUGCUAGACUUGAAAAAGCGGAUAAGAUCAUUGACAAGUAUCUCAAGCCCGCCCUUAAGGAAUUGAAAGGCAGAGUAACUGGAAGCGAUGCUAGUCAAGUCUUUCAUCAAUUCGCUGUAUUCUGCGACCAACAGCUCCAGGAUCCCGAUAGUAUUGAGGAUUUUGAGCGGCUGAAGAAAUUAAGCAAGGGAAAAAAAGAUGAAGUUGAACAGUGGGAGAAGCUUUUGAAAACAGCAACUUCGAGUACCGAUCGGAACCGGUAUAAGAAUCAGCACAGUAAAGCCAAGACAUGGUACAGGCUCGACGAAGAGGAACUCCAGCGCCAUAUUACUAGCAGUGAAGAGUUCCUACGGCAAAGUCUAGAGAACUAUCUGCUAGCUUUAGCUGCAUCGGAUGAGCAUGACAGUACUGCCCUGCGUUUCUCGGCCCUCUGGUUAGAGCAUGCAGAGGAACCACUUGCGAAUGAUGCGGUUUCGAAGCAUCUAGGUCAAGUACCAAGUCGCAAGUUUGCGCCUCUAAUGAAUCAACUUACAUCUCGCCUACAGGAUUCCUCGGUGAGAUUCCAGAAAUUACUGUUCUCAUUAGUCUUGCGCAUUUCUACGGACCACCCCUACCAUGGCAUGUAUCAAAUAUACUCUGGCGCCAGCAAUCGGCCCAGUUCCAAGGAUGAAGCGGCGAUGUCAAGAAAAGAAGCUGCCAAGAAGGUCGCCAGUCAACUAGCCACAACUGAGCGAGUUAGUUACAUCUGGACAGCAUUAAAUGCUACGAAUAAGCUGUACGGUCUUCUCGCAGGCGAGAAAGAUGACCAGAAGUAUAAAUCUGGGAGGCGAGUCCAGUUGAAGGAUUCCCAAGCGGCCAGUCGUCUCAACGCUCAUUUAGCGAAAUACCGGAUACCUUCCCCAACAAUGCACAUACCUCUUGCCGCAGAUCUUAACUACUCCAAAAUACCGUCAAUGAUCAAGCUUGAGCCUACAAUGUCUAUUGCGUCAGGCGUUAGUGCUCCCAAAAUCAUCACCGCAAUAGCUGACAAUGGUGCCAAAUUCAAGCAAUUGGUGAAAGGAGGCAAUGAUGACUUGCGUCAAGACGCCAUAAUGGAGCAAGUAUUUGAGCAAGUGAGCGAAUUGCUGAAAACUAACCGGUCGACUCGUCAACGGGAUUUAAAGAUCAGAACCUACAAAGUCUUGCCCCUCACUUCGAUUGCCGGGGUAAUCGAAUUUGUGCCGAACACAAUCCCACUCCAUGAGUAUCUUAUGCCUGCCCAUGAAAGAUACUACCCGAAAGGCCUAAAAGGAAAUCAAUGCCGCAAAGAGAUUGGCGAAGUGCAGACCCAAUCAGUUGAUGUGAGGGUCAAGAAGUUCCGUCAGGUGACAGAGCGAUUUCACCCAGUCAUGAGAUAUUUCUUUACGGAGAGAUUUACUGAUCCAGACGAAUGGUUUGUGAAAAGAUUGGCCUACACCAGAAGCACGGCUGCCAUCUCGAUACUCGGUCAUGUGCUCGGCCUUGGAGACAGACAUGGCCACAACAUUCUCUUAGAUGCCCAUAGUGGUGAGGUAGUACACAUCGACCUUGGCGUUGCUUUCGAAAUGGGCCGUGUUCUCCCAGUUCCAGAACUUGUCCCCUUUCGCCUGACGCGGGACAUUAUUGACGGCAUGGGGAUUACCAAAACUGAGGGGGUCUUCCGGCGAUGCUGUGAGUUCACGCUCGAGGCUUUGAGGAAGGAGGCUUACAGCAUCAUGACCAUUCUUGAUGUGCUGCGCUACGAUCCCCUUUACAGCUGGUCAAUCUCUCCUGUUCGCUUGGCAAAACUGCAGGAAGGACAGAGUGCUCUAAAUGCGAAUGUCGAGAAUGCGAAUGCAAAUGCGACGACGAAAGAGGCCGUCAAUGAGCCGGGCGAGGCUGAUCGUGCGCUCACAGUCGUUAAUAAGAAGCUCUCUAAGACGUUGAGCGUUCAGGCUACGGUGAAUGAUCUAAUUAAUCAAGCGAGCGAUGAGAAAAACUUGGCUGUGCUGUAUUCUGGCUGGGCGGCUUAUGCCUAA